AUGGCAACACUCAACUCCCAACCUAGCGGGCCUCUACAGGCUGCUCUACUAGAGACAACUACUGCAGCUUCCACUAGGGCUACCGAGGGCCAGAAAAUAUUCAACCCGAUAGCAGCCUUUCUUGACAAACACCGGAGCCUGCCAGGCCUUGCGCCUCACCAGCGAAAUGCGCUUGACGCGCUCAGCAAGGACCUAGCCGAUAUAGCCCAUCGCCACUUCAAUGCCUAUAUCAGCGGUAUUCCUUUGACCUUGACUGCAACCUCCCCUGCCCCUGCCUUUGCCCCUGUCCCUGCCUUUGCCCCUGCCCCUGCUUCUCUUCCCCCCUCUCCCCCUCCAUCUCGCCCCCCCUCCGGACUUGCUCAGUCAACGUACGCAACAGUCACUCAAUCAACUACUGCCAAAGGCCCUACUACACCUCAGCCUAGGGCCAAGCAAAAGACCACAAGCUCUGCCCUUAACCAGCAGCCCGAUUCCCGCCUCUUUGUACGCCUUCCGCCGAACCACCUUGCCAAAAAUAUGGACGCAUACGCUAUUUACACUAGCCUCCGGUCCCAUCUAGGUGCCAAUAACAAGGUCCUCAAGGGUGUUCAGUCUAUUAAGACAGGAUUCGCUCUCCUGCCUUCAUCUCCCGAAACCCUGGCAGCUCUAGAGGCACAGAAAGAGGCUAUCUCCACCUUCUUUACUACUUGCCAGAUCGAGCGAAGCUCUCGCUGGAUCUCGUACCGGGUAACAAACAUACCAAGAAAGGUCGGCCAGCUCAAUGCAAGCCAAUACUCUAUGGUCCCUGUUAAUCCAGAGACACUAUCAGCUGAAGUAGCUGAGGCCACUAGCCUUACUCCAGUUGCAGUAACCGAAACUGCUGCAAGCGCCUCUAAUACAGAUACAAUCUCUUCAAGCUGGUUUAUCAACUUCCCUGAAGAAAGCAAAGCUAAACUACCACCCCUCAUACCUGUCCCCCAAGAUGCCUACACUGCCACGGCCCUCACCCAGCAGACUACAAUCAAUGCCUUCUGCGGCCCAGUAAACCAGGCUCUCGUUUUACAAAGGCCUAGCAGGCUGAGAUCCGUAAAACCUGUUCCGCAACCCUCACUAAAGCUCGGACUGAGAGCAAAUGUUGCUCCCGGCCUCCCGCAGGCCCUGAAGCUGGAUCCCCUGGGGCCUCGCAAGACCAGAAUAUGUCUAUUGACAGCUAUCCGACAACCUCUCCAUUCCGCCCAGUUACACCCCCACAACAAGGGCCGGGUGACUCUCCUCCAGUUACAGCGAGAGCAGUACGUUUUGCCACACCACAACUACAAAAUCAGUUUGAAGUUCUAG